AGACAGAAACAGAGAGAGAGAGAGAGAGAGAGAGAGAGAGAGGAUGGAAGAUUCAAGCGCAAUCCUGUGCCAGAUUUCUCGCCUCAAAGACAUGCUCGAUCAGGUGAACGAGGAGAUCGAGUCGAGCAUCCAUGUCACGAGGGAGACGGAAUCGGAGGUCGUCGGGUGCUCCGAGGCCGAAGCCGCCCUGGCGACGAGGGAGGCGGAACUGACUGAGUCGCUCUACGUCUCGCGGUUCGAGCUCAUCGGAUUAGCUGCGGUGGCCGCUGAAUCAAGGAAGUCGGUUAACAGCACGGAGCAGGAGCUGCGCUCUCUCCGAAAGAAGAGAGAUGAGAUCCAAGAAAGGAUGACCCGUAAACGGGAAGGGUUCAUUAGACAAUGCCUGGAAUUUCAACGGGGAAUCGACCAAGGAGAAAGUGAAAGUGAAAGACUGCAGUCUUUAUUAGCAGAAAAAGAAUCCUUCGAAAAGGAGAUGGAUAUAUUCACAAAAAGGAAUUAUGCCUUACAAAGUUCUAUCUCUACAUCUCUGGAAGAAAUGGUCGAAGAUCUUUAAGACUCUAGUACUGGAUGAAGGAGCUUUUCAACAGAGGAGCUUUUCUGGAGGAGAGCGGUAGUUUUUUUUGGCCAGAGGAGGAUCGGGAAUGGGUGAGCCAGGUGUGAGGAAGCCGGUCAAACCCUGGACUGCUAACAGGAAUUACUAUAGAUCUGGACAUUGUACUUAGAAGUAAUGCUGAUUCUCUAUUGUCCCUUUCAAUUUUAUUUCCUCUGAAUAUCUGAUGUGAGAGAGGAGUUAGGGGACCACUCCUUCCCUGAAAGUUGUGGCCUCAUUUAAGCUUUGCACUGUUGCUUCCCUCUCAGCUGUGACCUACCUCUUGAGGUGGUGGGGGUCAUUACAGAAAAUUUGACCGAUGUCUGCUGACAAACUUUAUCCAUUCCAUGCUUUCUUCUUCA